AUGAGCCCCAUUGAAACACUUUUCUUCACGUCCCUCCUCAUACUUUUGGGAUGGUUCUAUAUACAUAAACGCAGCAUUAUCGUACUUCUCCAUUCAUUAUACUCCCUAUACGCUCUAAUCCAACCUCCACAAAACCUCUUCUCCCGCCUACGUAUCCCUCUCACUCUCCCCCUUGAACAUAUUCGUAAUUUGCUACUAUCAGAAGCUGGGUUUGCAGCAGGAGCAGGAGAUGGUGGACUCGCAGUGCCCGUGCAAAUGCCACCCGAUAUCGAACUUUUACUAAGUCGCCUCAAGACAGAUGAAUCGAGGGGAUGGUUUGUUCGGUUUGGUCAAAGGGCGCUGCAGACAUGCGCUCCAUGCACCUCUGCGGCUGAUUAUGCCCUCUUUGUAUUCGCAGGCAUCCUUCUCGCCUAUGUCCGAACUGCUGCAGUGCUGCUGUUACUUACUUCCAGCCAAAAUCGGAGAGAUAGAUGGAGGGGGUAUGUUUUAGGCGUGUUAAUAUGCGCAGCCCUUGCAGAGUGCUACGUCCUAGCUUCCCUCAGCGCAGCUCCACUCCCUAAAGACGGAACCCGAGUCUUUAUGUGGCACGACAACAUCCAAUUCACACGCCAAGUGCUAUUCCUCCUCCUUCCAAUCCUUACUCAGUUUCUCCCAGAGGUACAGCACCCAGGACCACCCAGCAUGUCCCUCGCCCCAGCUCUCGCACACCUCGAGCGUUCCAUCCCCCGCGCACAUCUCUUGAAAUACACACGUGCUGCUGUCAUGCGCAACCCCGAGUUGCGCGAACGCGCGGUAAGGUGGUGGGCAAGAAAGAAGAGGGAAGGAGAUGCCGGGAGAGCAGAUGAGGCGGUACAAAGGGCGGCGCUGAAGAUGGGGCUUGGGUUUGCUGAUGCUGGGGGUGGUGAGGAGGGGAAGUUGAGGAUGAGCGCGAGGUUGGCGAUAGAGUCUCUAAAGGGGUUGUUUGUUACCCCUGUGAGUCCUUGA